AUGUCUUCCAAUAAUGAUCAAAUGCCAUCAUCACCAUCUUUAUCAGAUGAAUAUCCGCUUCGAUCGACCAUUAGCAUCUGUUCAACGUCAUCAAUGCAAUCUUUCAUGUGUAAUGAUGGAGGUAUUGAUACAACACGUCGUAUUCCUAAUUUUUUGUCGUGCAAAAAGUGUUUUAAAACAUACAAGUAUAGUCGAGUUAGUGGUACAUCACAAUUCAAUAAUCAUUUAUGUGCGAAAGUUGCAAUGGUGCUUGAUACAAGCACAACAACAUCUGAUUCUCUUUUACAAACAACCGCUGAAUUAUCAUCACCAUCACCAAUUAGAUCAAAUCUCAAACAGCAAACGUUAACUAAUACAUUUACUACAUCAAGAAAAUUGCUAUCUCAGGAAAUAUAA